AAAUAUCUAAAUUCUUUCUGCACUUUACUUUAUCAUCGACGAAACAGGUCAAGGUUUGAGUGUUGCUAUAAAACUGCAUCUCCUCUGAUCUUAUAUAACAGUAAACAUCAUUUCAAACAAACAAGCAGUAUUGAACGAAGAAGAAAAAUGAAAACGACUGCCCUAUUUCUCUGCUUCUGCAUAAUCGCAAGCAGCCAAGUGUUUGGUGAAGACGAAAUCCCAAAAGCUCCCAAACUAAAUUUGGAAGACAAAGCAAGUCUAGACGCAAGACCAUUUAGAAAAUCUGAUUGUGCCCUAGGUGUAGAACAAUAUGAAGAAGGCAUAUGCCGUGCUUUGUUCCCAGUAUACAGAUGGGACAACACACAAAAGAAAUGUGUCGAUGAUUUCUAUGGUGGCUGUUAUGCUACCAAAAACAACUUCAGACAUAAAGCAGACUGUGAAAAGAUAGCAACACCAAUUUGUUCCAGUUAAAUUCUGGACAAGAUCGUGUUAAGACAACAAGUUUGGUAUUUUCCAGUUACAUACUGUAUAUCAUUACACAAUAUGCUUUUUAGUUACUUACUGAAGUCUAGAUAAGAAAUAGUGUUUUUUAAGUUAUGUCUCUGCCUUAUUUUCCAAUAUAAUAUGUAAUGUUAUCUUGUCCUUAUGUAUUUAUAAAUUUAGUAUACAUUUAUUUUACUAAAAUUCCAGUUCAAGUCAAAUUUUCCCAAAAAUAAAUUUAUAGACACAUAUUAGGUGUAUUUUUAAAUGAUUAUUUAAAAUAAAAAAAAAAUGGUUUGUGUAAUUUAUUUUUAUCAUCGUUAUAACAGGUCAAGGUCCAAAUGUUGGUAUAAAACUGUAGAUCCACUGACCUCAUAUAACAGUUAAAAAAAUUCAAGACAAACAAGCAAUAAUAAUAAUCGAAAAGAAAAUGAAAAAUACACUACUACUUUUCUAUAUUUACAUUUUCGCGCUCAAUCCAGUGUUCGGUGAAGAUGAGCUUCCAGUUGUUAAAGAAGAAAAUAGGAUCAAAGUAACCUACGAAGAUCCAGCAGUUCAAGCAGCAACACCUUUUGGAAAAAUAGAUCCUCCUGGUCCAGCAAGCAUACGGUACGCACCAUCUAGAGUCGUUAAGGGAGGUUCAGUAACCCUAACAUGUACCGUUGAGUCAAGUGGCCCACAGGACAAUGUAAGUUACAUCUGGUACAGAGGAUCACAUGUGCUAACAGACGUCACUCAAUCGGUUUAUAUCAUCUCCUCAGCAAGUCUGAAAACGAGGAAUAAUUUUUCUUGCGCUGCCCAGAAUGAGGGUGGAACGGGAGCUGAGGCGACUGUUUUCGUUGAUGUAUAUGCUCCACCGGUGUUUAAGAUGAAGCCUCCAACUUAUUAUAGCGUUUUGUAUAAUUCGAAACAUAUAAGCCUUAACUGCAUCGUGGAGUGUUAUCCUGAAUGUGCAAUCGUAUGGUACAAAGACGGUAUCAAGUUGAAUAUAGAGCACAACCCUCUCUACACAGUUGAAACACGCUAUUUACCAUCCAAUCAACAAGUGAACGAUUUUGAAUCGAUUUAUUCCACACUGAUAUGGAACAUGACAGCAUGGCCAGUAAAUAUGUUAGAUUAUACAAAUUAUACCUGUCAAUCAACGUCAAAUAUAGCUGGAGUCGGUAUUUCUUCCACUACAGAAAUAGCUGUUGACUAUAACAACAGACAAUAGUCCGCUUGAGAUGGGGCAACACAGAAAAAAAUGUGUCCAAGAUGUCAAUGGGGCCUGUUACUUUAGACGUAACGGAGACUGUGUGAAAUACUCGAGUUUUCUUCAGUUAUGAAGACUGUUAAAACAUCAAGCUUGGCAUCUUCCAUUACUUACAGAUUUGAUACAUAUCAUAACACAAUAUUAUAUUUGUGAUUAAAUUAUAAAUACAUUUUUUUAAAGUUUCUAAUUUUUUGUUACGUUUGUCACGUUAAUAAAAUUAUUAUUUUUUAA